GAAAAGUAAACCAGAGCAAUAUUGAUGAUGGGAGUGCAGUCGCAAUAAACAAAAUUUAGUUCGUUAAAAAAUUUAUAUAUCGGUAAAAAAAACACUUAAUCAGUUUUCAAGCUGUAAUAUUUCGGUGAAUAAGGCCUUGAUAUGUUUCAGCCUGCAUCCAUAAACAUUCAGACUGGAUCGACAAGCCAAUCGACAACCCAGCAAGCGAACGAACCAGGAGGGGGAGGAGGAGGCCACUAUCAAUUAGUCAGCCAGCCCCACCACAUUUACACUGGUGCAGCAACAAACGACAUGUCACCUUAUUUCGAUCAAUCGGUCCAUUCAGCUAAUCCCGGGCAAGACUUUAAGACAUCUGCAGGCGUUGCUGAGAACAGUGCCCAAAACUUUAUAUCGACAACUGAUUUUGAAAUGACAAACAUAAACGAUGAUUUUGUGUUGCUUGAACACGAAAACUCUUGUGAACAACCAAGCUCCUUCCUUGGAAAUGAUCAGCAACAUCCCCAAGAACAUCAACAUUUUUCAAAAAAUGAACACCAACCAGAGCCACAAACAUAUCACAACCAUUACGACGAAUUUGAUCACUAUCAUCAGUACUUUGAAAGCCAACCUCAGCAACAAUCACAACACGUCCAGGAUAACCAGCAGCAACAGCAGCAGACAUUUCCUUCGCCAGAACAACCAUUGCACCACUCCUUCGACAAUCUGUCCUCCAUUCAUUCGCCUGCGGCAUCCAGCAAUUACGCCGAUCCUCCGUGUAGUUUCGCUCGCUCCUGUGAUGACAUAUCUUCAAAACAACACGACACAUUAGAUCAGAAGGUGGCAACGAUUGUUCAUACCGAACCAACUGAACAAAGAAAAACUAUAUGGGAUGUCGUUUCAAAAGACAUUGAUCCAAAAAUGUCAUUUUCAUACGCUUUGUUUGUAAUUUUGUUGGCGGUAGCGAGCAUAAUGAUCGAGGACGAAGUUUCGUUCACGUACGUGCAAGUCGUUCUUUCGUUCUUCAGCUUGGGAGUGUUCAUUAAGAUGGGUUGGUGACCAUCGAUAAAAAGCAACAAAAAAAGUCAUAUAAUGCUGUGAGAUGGUUCAAUUGUUAUAUUCCGGGUUUGCUGUAAAGAAUAUUAUUUUUGGAUUUCGAUUUAUAAUAAUUUGUUUAGUUAUCCAAAAACUUUGUUUUAAAUUGAUUUUUAUGAUAGAGCUUUACAAUUUUUAAUUUUGAUUAAAACUACGCAUAAAAUAUAAUAAAAAUAUUUUAAUAUGAUUUUAAUCUAUAAAAAUAAAUAAAAUGAUUGAGUCUUAUUUUGAUAUUCGUUUAUCAAGGAUGUUUUAUACGUUCAUAAAAUCAUUCAAGAACACCAUCAGCACCGGGGAACUAAACUUUUGAUACUUUUGAUGAGUACCUUAAAGCAGAACUGAAAAUUUAUUAUGCUUACCAAACAACGGUAAUAAAUUAGUGAACAUUUAAAAAAAAAUCCCCUAGGUGCAAAUAAAAUUUAGCAAUUUAAUCUAUUACUUUUAUUUCUAUUCAGCUUAAGCUCGAAAAUAAGUUUGACAAGUGACUUUCGCUACUUGACAGUAUAAAUGGCUCUUAUGGGCGUGUUAAAUUUAAGAACUAUUUUUUUGUGGAAGACUAAAUAAAAAUGACUCUAAGUUUGGUUG